CCUGUUUGGUUUCAGCAGGCGGAGGCACAAACAACCUGGAAGUCAACAGUAAAAGACUAAACGAAGGGAGAUUGCCGUUGUCUUCUUUAAGGGACCAGAAGUCAACGUGAAUCACCUCGGUGAGUGAGAGGCGGCGGCCGUCGCUUCAUUCUCCCACGCGCGCACACACACGCACACCAGCAGCUGUUUGUCAUCAGGAGGAGGUGAGCCCCAGGCUCCAGACUGAGUGUUAGCCAUGUUGGGUCAGGGCCAGUCCACCACCAGCACGCUGCAGCUGGUCGCUGAAGACAUAAGCGGCAUCAUGGAGACGCUGGACGCCGGCGAGCUCGACACAAGCGACAGCAACUAUCACACCACCGACGCUGCUGUACCAGCGCAGAGUCUGCCUUUCAUGGCCGUCUACAAAACGGUAGGCUUCAAGGAGAGCAAGGCCGCCGUCUUCCUGUCCUCGCCCAUCACCGCCAAGAUCCUGGAAGUGGAGCGCUUCACGUCAGCCCAGGACCGCUUCAACGUGAGCCAGCAGAGGAGCGUCAACAAGUCCAUGCCGACCGUCUUUAAGAUCGAGAUGAAGCACGGCGAGUUCACCUGGUUGGUGAAGAAGAAGGAGAAGCACUUCCUGGAUCUGCACCGAGACCUGAGGACCUACAAGGCCAUGAUGAGUCUUCCUCGGCUGACACGCGGUCACACCAUCAGGAGGCCGGCGAGGACCGAGGACGAGAGGGACAUUCCCAGCCUGCCCAGAGGCAGAGGAGAGGAGCUGGCCAGAGAGGAGCAAGUGUCCAGCCGAAAGAAACAACUGGAAGAUUACCUCAACAAGCUCCUGCAGAUACCCAUGUACCGACAGUACCACGGCUUGAUGGAGUUCAUUGACGUCAGCCAGAUGUCAUUCAUCCACGAUCUGGGCCCCAAAGGCUUAGAAGGAAUGGUGCUGAAGCGAUCAGGCGGCCAUCGAAUCCCCGGCUUAAACUGCUGCGGUCAGGGCAAGAUGUGUUACCGCUGGUCCAAACGCUGGCUGGUGGUGAAAGACUCCUUCCUGUUGUACAUGAAGACCGACUCGGGCGCCAUCUCCUUCGUGAUGCUCUUCGACAAGGAGUUUGGCAUCAAGAUGGACUCCAAGGACACGGAGACGCAACACGGCGUGCGCGUGGACAGCCUCUCCAGGUCGCUGGUGCUGAAGUGCAGCAGCUACCGACACGCCCGCUGGUGGGGGCAGGCAAUCGAGGACUUUGUGCGCAGCCACGGCAGCGCCUUCCUCACCGACCACCGCUUCGGCUCCUUCGCCAGGCAGGAGGAGAACAUCCCCGCCAAAUGGUACGUGAAUGGGAGAACAUACAUGGAGGAUGUGGCCAAUGCUUUGGAUGAGGCCAAGGAGGAAAUCUUCAUAACUGACUGGUGGUUGAGUCCAGAGAUCUUCCUCAAGAGGCCCAUCGUGGAGGGAAACCGCUGGCGUUUGGACCACUUGCUGAGGCGUAAAGCGCAACAAGGAGUGCGCAUCUUUGUGAUGCUCUACAAGGAAGUGGAGCUGGCUCUGGGCAUCAACUCGGGCUACAGCAAGCGAACCCUCAUCCACCUUCACCCCAACAUCAAGGUGAUGCGUCACCCCGCCCACGUGUCCUCCGCCGUCUACCUGUGGGCGCAUCACGAGAAGAUCAUCGUCAUCGACCAAUCCGUGGCCUUUGUGGGCGGGAUCGACCUGGCGUACGGCCGCUGGGACGACCGAGAGCACCGGCUGACGGACGUGGGGAGUGUGACCUUCUCGCACCAGGAGCAGGUUGAGGCAUCCUCGACCAAUAUAGCCGCCCAAGCCAACGGCAGCGGCGGCUACGGGAACGCCGCAUUCUCAGCGGAGGACUCGGUGGCGCAGCCGAGGAUAAAGGGUCAGGGGAGGAUGAGGAGGGCGAAGAUGAGCAUCAAGCGGCACCUGCAGAAACACGGCCUGACCCACUCCGACAGCGACGACGAGCUGGACGACGACGACCGAACUGAGGCGGAGCGGAACCUGCAGUCGGGCGUUGCCGAUUUGUCUGGAAACACGCGCUUCUGGCACGGGAAAGAUUACUGCAACUUUGUGUACAAGGACUGGAUUGAACUGGACAAACCUUUCGAUGAUUUCAUAGACCGGCACAUGACUCCCAGGAUGCCCUGGCACGACAUCGCCUCGGUGGUUCACGGCAAAGCCGCCCGCGACGUGGCCAGGCACUUCAUCCAGCGCUGGAACUUCACAAAGAUCGUGAAGCUCAAAUAUCGUUCCCUGGCCUUCCCGUAUCUGCUGCCCAAGACGCACACCACCGCCGGAGAGCAGCGCUAUCAAGUCCCCGGAUGCACCACCACUAAAGUUCAGAUCCUUCGCUCGGCGUCUGACUGGUCGGCCGGCAUCAAGUACCACGAAGAGUCCAUCCACAACGCCUACGUGUCCACCAUCCAGAACAGCCAGCAUUUCAUCUACAUAGAAAAUCAGUUCUUCAUCAGCUGCUCAGACAAUAGACAUGUUUUCAACAUGAUCGGCGACGCCAUUGCCGAGCGCAUCAUCAAAGCGUACAGGGAGGGUAAAAAGUACCGCGUGUACGUGGUCACGCCUCUGCUGCCCGGCUUUGAAGGGGACAUCACCACAGGAGGAGGCAUCGCCCUCCAGGCCAUCAUGCACUUUAACUACAGGACCAUGAACCGAGGCGACAACUCCAUCAUCUCCCAACUGAAGAAAGAGAUGGGAGACCAGUGGAUCAACUACAUCUCCAUCGCCGGUCUGAGGACGCACUCGGAGCUGGAGGGGAAGCUGAUCACCGAGCUCAUCUACGUGCACAGCAAGAUGCUCAUCGCCGACGACAACACCGUCAUCAUUGGCUCGGCCAACAUCAACGACCGCAGCAUGCUGGGAAAGCGGGACAGCGAGGUGGCCGUGAUCGUGGAGGACUCGGAGACGGUGACCUCGGUGAUGGACGGGCAGGAGUACCAAGCGGGACGCUUCGCUCUGCAGCUUCGCCUGGAGUGUUUCAGGAUUAUUCUGGGCGCGUACGCCGACACCACCAUCGACGUGUCGGACCCCAUCAGUGAUCACUUCUACAAGGAGGUCUGGGUGACCACCUGCGCUCGUAACGCCACCAUCUACCAGAAGGUUUUCCGAUGUCUGCCGUCCAGCGACGUCCGGACCACCCUGGAGCUGGACGGCUUCCUGGCCAAGCAGGGCCUGGACACGGAGGACCCGGUCCAAGCUCGGGAAGAGCUGACCAAGAUCCGCGGCUUCGUGGUGCAGUUCCCGCUGCAGUUCCUGUCCGAGCAGAACCUUCUCCCUCCCAUCGGCACCAAAGAGCACAUGAUGCCCAUGGAGGUGUGGACCUGAGCCCGUGUGAGACUCGCAGGACUUGCUUCUUCACAACUUCAUCCAUUACCGCGUCACGUCUGAUAAAAUAAAAGCGUCCCUCUGCCUCGUAUGGCAAAAAAAAAAAUUGGAAAAAAAACGGUUGUCAUGGAGACGCAAGCAGCUUCUCAGCUGCAUUGAGGAUGUGGACGUUUUGAAGGCAGGAUGGAACUUCACGACACUACAAGCCCCACUUCCGGCUUCUUGGCCACGCCCCCUUUGUACACACCUGCUCCUACAUCAAGUCCCAAGUGCCAAAUCCCAACAGAGAAACUUCAGUGCUCGUUGUGCGCAUUCCGUCCGACAACCGGAAGUGACGUGAUGUGUUUAGGUGUUGUCCGUGGAUUUGUGAUCUCCCCCAAAAAACCCGUGAAGGCAGCAUGUGUCCUCUAUGAUCGUGGCCUGCAUGUCUUCCGCUCUACCUCGCCGUGCUCCGACCUUCCUGGAUUCCCCUUCCGACGUCCUCUUAAAAGUUGCCUUGAGACCGCAAGCUGACCAGGAAGCGAGUUCUCUGCACACCCCGCCCCCCCAAGUCGUACAGCACGUGUCGCCAUUAAAAUGCACUAUUUGCACAGACCCGUCGUGUUGUCGUGGCGCCACACUGUGCAUGUACUCCUGCAAAUAAACUAAUAUUGAGGUGAAUAAA